AUGGGUCAGCCUAAUCAAACUAUACAUACUCAAUAUGUCAUGAAUGAAGUUGGUUCAACCGCAACAACUGAAGUUGUUGGAGCACAAUUAGUUAAUUCCCAACCUACAAAGAAGAGGAAAGCUAGUGCAAGUGGUUCUAGGCAAUCAUCUGCUUGUUGGGAGCACUUUAUUAGAUUACCAGAUGACUUAGUUGAUACACCAACUGCAGCUUAUGAACAACCAUUUAGUGCAGUUGAGGGGGAAGGUUUUAAGUACUAUUCUAAAGUAAUGCAGCCCCAAUUUACUCUCCCAUCUAGGCGUACAGUAGCUAGAGACUGUUUUCAGCUACACUUGGAUGAGAAACAAAAACUAAAAGCCUUCUUUAAGUCUGACUGCAAUAGAGUAGCACUUACUACUGAUUGUUGGACUUCUAUCCAAAAUCAAAACUACUUAACCCUUACGGCACACUUUGUGGAUAACAAAUGGAACUAUCAAAAGAGAAUUAUAAGCUUAACAGUUAUUCCAAACCACAAGGGUGAUAUGGUAGGUAGGAAGAUUGAAAAGGCGUUAAGGGAUUGGGGAAUUAGGAAUGUGUCUACCAUAACUGUUGAUAAUGCAACUUCAAAUGAUGUAGCUGUAGCAUAUUUGCAUAGAAAAAUAUCAACUAUGAAUGGGAUGAUGGGGGAUGGAAAAUGUUUUCAUAUGAGGUGCGCUGCUCACAUAUUGAACUUGGUGGUAAAUGAGGGUUUGAAAGAUAAGCAUUUGUCUAUUACUAGUGUUAGGGAUGUUGUUAGAUUUGUCAAGUCCUCACCUCAUAGGGCAGCCAAGUUUAAAGAAUGCAUUGAAUUUGUUGGAAUAACUUGUAAAAAACUAGUAUGUCUCGAUGUUUCAACUCGUUGGAACGCGACAUAUUUGAUGCUUGAGGCUGCAGAGAAGUUUCAAGCUACUUUUGAUAAGCUUGAGUAUGAAGAGUCGAGCUAUAGGGAGUUCUUUGGAAAAGGUAGUCCUCCUAGUAGUGAUGAUUGGGACAUUGUUAGAGCUUUUAUCUCUUUUUUAAAGUUAUUCUAUGAAGCAACUAAUGUUUUUUCCACCUCUCAAAGUGUGAGUUUGCAUAGUGCUUUUCACCAAGUGUCUGCGAUCUAUUGUGAGCUGAAGCAAACUACUAUGAACUUGAAUGGUGUUAUUGCAAGUGUGGGUGGGGACAUGAUGGAAAAGUAUAAUAGAUAUUGGGGGUGUGCUACUAAGAUGAACAAGUUGAUUUAUUUUGGAUCCAAGAUACAAGUUGGGUUAUAUUUAGUGGACUUUUAA